AUUUGCCAAGGUUCUCGUGUAUAAAUUUGGACAUAAAUUUAACGAGUGUUUAUUUGAUUUCAUAAUGUUUUACGCGGUUGGGUACGUUUUAUAAUAUUUACUUAAUAAAAAAACUCGGGGAGUGGAAUGUUUAGUACGCUCCAUGGUGGCAGGCAAGCUUGGCAUUAGACACAUCAUCCUUCAGGGACCAAUCUUCUGAGAGACACGCCUACAGCAUCUGGGCGGACCAAUCCUACGGUCGAAAUAGCAAGCAGCUCCGAUGAUUUUUUUUUAAACCAAAAUCUGCUCUGAAGAUGGCAGGAAUACCUUCGCUCAUUCAUCCUUAUGCACUUCCGUGAAAGUCAUUCUACAGCAGCUAAUUAUCUUCGUCGACUUCGGUGACUUACGUCCUCGUUAUCUCUAGUUCGAUGACGGUCGACUAUAAAAUUUUCAUCGAAAAUACCGUGUCUACUUUUGGCGGAUAGUUGUUGGUUUUGAUCAUGCAACAAACAGUGAGAACGAGUGAUACGUGCUCGUGAGAAAUUGAUCUGUUAAAAUGUUGUGAUCGUUUAAAAUUGUCUGGUGAAACAGACGAAGUCUAAUUUAACAAGAUUAGAAUAAUUAGAAGUGAAUUUGAUUAAGUGUCAAAAAUGAACGAAAUCAAAACCCGUGUUGUGGAUGGAAUAAACUAUUCGAAGCAAUUGAAGUUCGGAGUGGAACGCAUUCUUUCGGACGAAAUUUCUUCGAAGAAGACAGAUGUGCUCAGGCCACUUCCUGUUCAAUUUUCUACCGUACGGUGUCCCUGCCCCGGAGGUUGCGUCAGGUGUGAAGGCCUUCGAAUGUGCCCUAGACCUCUGUACGGUCAAACGACGAUUCUCGGCAAUUAUGGUAACAACAAUCACGGAAACGGAAUCAUCGAAAAUUAUGGAAACAUCUAUCGACCAGCACCUCUACGACCUGUCCCUCGAGCUCCUAUAACUUCCACAACGACACCAACCAGCCAACCGGAACCCAAUACUAGAAGAAAAAGGUCGUGGUCGAGGGCAGUAUUCAGUUCCUUGCAGCGAAAAGGGUUGGAGAGAAGAUUCUCCUUGCAAAAAUACAUAACCAAGCCAGACAGGAGGCAGCUCGCUGCUACUCUGGGUCUGACAGAUGCACAGGUGAAGGUUUGGUUUCAAAACCGACGAAUGAAGUGGCGGCACACGAAGGAGAGCGAGAACGCUUCCUCGACGAAUCCUGAGGUGAAGGAGUUGUCUAAAAAAAUAACGAAGGAUAAUUUAAGGAACACGACCACAGAGAAGGUUGUUUCGGACGAAGAGGACGUCGAGAUCGAAGUCGACGUGUGAACUCUGGAGUGUACAUUAACGAUAACCGAUACGGGUCUAGUUUGUAAUUUACGAGGAUAAGUUUGUACGAUAAAUA